CGUUAAGAAUGGAAGAGGAUGCGGACGACGGAAUCAGGUCUGACUCCUUGUGUUUCAUCAACGACCACGUCGGAUUUCAGGGCAGUAUAAAAACCUCACCCGGUGACUUCAUCGUUACUGAGAUCGACGAACUGGGACGGUUAGUCAGCAAGGCCACCGACGAACCUCUUUGUGAAAUUAGUAAAACACAACCUGAUCCGAGUAAUUGCGUCAAGAAGCCAAAGCUAAAUACUCAGACUGUAGACUUAGAAUGUGAAAAUAAUGAAGAAGCCGCUAACUCGCCCGGGCGCUCACCCGCGGGGCACUCGGAGGGCGACCGGGUCCAGCCUGCGGGCUCGGAUCGUGACUCAGAAAAAGAAAACAGCGUCCGCUGUGCGACUUCUAAAUGUGAAGUAGAAAGCGUUGGUUUAUUAAGUUCACUUUUAGAUGAAAGCACUCACACAUCGCUGGAUCACUUUGCCCGUGAUGUCAAAGAGAUGUGGAAUUCAAGAACUGAACUAACCGAACCGUCUCCUGAAUUGUCCCUAGGCAGGAUCCUUGACAAACGCCAAAGGGCUGCCCUGCACAGUGCUGUGAGGCAGACAUUUCCCUUCUUGAUAACCGUAGGAAACAACAGCGAAGUGGUUGUAAAACCGAGUCUUGAGUAUAAGGAACUCAGCCACUUGGUGUCUGAAGAGGAAGCACUUGGCUUUUUCAGAUAUUUGGACGCAAAGAAAGAAAACUCCAAGUUUACCUUUCAACCGGAUCCAAACAAAGAUCACAGGAAGGCUGUGCACCAUUUUCUCAACAAGAAGUUCGGAAACCUGGUGGAAACCAAGUCUUUUCCUGGGCAGAGCCACAGUGCUGGGAACCCAAACACAGCCAUAACUGUGAGAUUCCGGGAAAAAGCACACGGAAAGAGAUCUCACCCGGAAGGCGAGAGAAGAAGAGCGGUGUAUACAGCUUUCACCCUACAAAAGGAAAAUCUGGAGAUGUUCGAAGCAAUUGGUUUUCUGGCCAUCAAACUUGGCGUUAUUCCUUCGGAUUUUAGUUACGCGGGCCUUAAAGACAAGAAAGCAAUCACCUAUCAAUCAAUGGUAGUUAGAAAAGUGACUCCUGAGAGAUUGAAAACAAUCGAAGAAGAAAUUAAGAAGAAGAGAAUGAAUGUGUUUAAUGUUCGGUCUGUAGACGAUUCUCUCAGACUUGGUCAGCUCAAAGGAAACCACUUUGAAAUUAUCAUCAGAAACCUAAGAAAUCAACCAAAUGAUUCUGCCAACCUGAGAGAGAGAAUUUUGGAGGCAAUAGAAAAUGUUAAGAAUAAAGGUUUUGUGAAUUACUACGGGCCACAGAGAUUUGGGAAAGGAAAGAAAAUCCAAACAGACCGAAUUGGAUUGGCUCUCCUGAAGAAUGAAAUGGUAAAGGCCAUAAAAUUAUUUCUUACGCCAGAAGACGCGGAUGAUCCUGUCAAUAAAGCAAAGAAAUACUUCCUCCAAACUGAGGACGCUAAAGGCACGCUUUCACUGAUGCCCGAGUUCCGGGUUCGAGAGCGGGCGCUGCUGGAGUCCUUGCAUCGCUUUGGCGUGACGGAGGAAGGCUGCGUCCAGGCCUGGUUCUCCUUCCCCCAUUCCAUGCGUAUAUUCUACAUCCACGCAUACAGUAGCAGGGUUUGGAACGAGGCAGCGUCGUACAGACUGGCAGCCUACGGACCCAAGGUGGUGAAGGGGGACCUGGUCUGCUUGGAUGAAGAUGCGGACGAGCAUCUUCCAAGCAGUAAAGUUCACCUGGUGACCGAGGAAGAGGAGUCAGCUGACACAUAUGCACUGCACCAGGUCGUUCUGCCCGUGCUUGGAUACAACGUUCAGUACCCGGAGAACAAAGUAGGGCGGUGGUACCAAGGGGUCCUCGGCAGGGACGGACUGCAGGCCUGUAGGUUCAGGGUGCCCGCCCUGAAGCUGAAUGUACCCGGCUGCUACAGGCACAUCGUGAAACACCCCCACAACGUGUCACACCGACUGGUCCAUCCCGACGCCGCCGAGCUUCGUGCGGAAGGCCCCCACGCCGACGACACUGCCUCAUCGCUGGCCUUAUCCUUCGACCUCGACGCUUCGUGCUACGCCACCGUUUGUCUGAGGGAAAUGAUGAAGGACGACAUUUAAACCCACACCCUGAGGUAGCUGCCAUUAGGUAGCCGUGGUUCCUAGGGCUCGCUUGACCUUGAGCUUCGUGGUUGCUGCUCCUCAGUUUUCACCGUGUCCUGAGAGGGUGGGCGUGGCGUAUUAACGUAAGCAUCGGUGUCUACAUUUAAAGCUCCAGGGCCGUGGUCUUUAAGGUCAUGCUUUAGGGAAUUUUGCUCCAGUCACAAAAGCUCCAGAUCUUUGGAGCACUGCUCCGAGCCCCGGGGCUGCUGCACAUCACACUUAAGAGAGAGGCAGAGAGAGGACACAGUCCACACUGCUUAAAGGUAAAGCCAGGUGACAGUGAAACCCUGGUGACCGGACCAGAGAGGCUUUUCUCCAUCACUGCACGCGAAGUGGCUGGUGUAACACCAUGCAAGGGCGAUAUCUGCUCUCAUAAUCUGUUUAUGAGAUCAUUUUUUGAGGAAGACUGAAGAUCUUAAUUAAAAAAUUUUAUACUAGUUUUUUUUAUACCUGUUCCCCUAACUCUUUGUUAUAUUUUCUGUCAUCUGAAACUCAGAUUUUAGACUCCUGUCUGUACCCACAUUCUGUUUCAAUGACACUAGACAUGGUAUUGAUUCUUUUUUAAAAUAAAGACAUUCUUGAUGACCUGA